AUGAAGCCUGCUCGUCAAUUUAGAUGCGAAAGAUGCCAUUCUCAUAAGAUCAAAUGUUCUGGUGACCAGCCCUGUACGAAAUGUCGCUCCGUCGGAUGUGCUGAUGAGUGCCAAUACCCGGCACGCGACCGUCAAGUCAAAGUCAGCGAAAGUUAUUUAGAACAAGUUCUGGCCGAGAAUCAACGCCUUCGAGCGCAAUCGGCCUCCUCGGCAAAUACCCCCGAGGCACGUCCUGGGGCCGAGCCCAGCCACUCCCGUCUUUGUGCGGACGGCUCAGACGAGGUUGAAAGUGAGGACGAGGGCAACACCGGCGUCCGAAACCCCAUAAUUGGAGACCGGGCCUGGUUUCAUGCCUAUGACCCCUCAGCACCGCCAAUUUUUGUGGGCGAGGCGGCCUGUACGGCGUUCGCAACCCGCUUCCGCCAGUUCCUGACGGGAAGCAAUGCAACGGCACAUAUCCGGCGCACGCAAUACGUCAAAGAAGAGAAUAUCGCGCUCGCCAAUGCAGGUGAGAUUCGAUGGCCAAGUCUUCAGCAGGCGCGGUUGCUGGUGCAGAUCGCCAUACGUCAAAUCAGUUGCAUAUACCAUGUGCUGCUUCGAAAGUCAACCCUAGACAAGCUAGAGGAGAUAUAUCGGACAGGGGACUUUGAGUGCACGGUAAACCAAUGCAAGUUCUUCGCGCUGUUUGCGUUCGGUGAGGCAUAUUCGAUGCGUAGUGAACCAGCCUCGGGAAGCAGGGUUCCGGGGACGUCUUAUUUUGCGAGAAGUUUGAGUCUCGUUCAAGUGUUGCCCGAGAGGACGAGUAUCACACACCUGGAGACAUUGUUGCUCUUGUCCCUAUUCUCCUAUUACCUGAAUCGUCGCCACUCAGCAUAUGUUUUGAUCGGCAGUGCCAUGCGCCUAGGCUUAUGCAUUGGCUUGAACCACAACAUUCCCGAGUCCCAGCUUAUAGACCCUGUCGAACGGCAACACCGCGUGCGCAUCUGGUGGACAAUUUAUAUUUUUGACCGAAUGUGGGCGUCGAAGAUGGGCUUACCGUCACAGAUUCUAGACGAUGACAUCCACCUCGACAUGCCAUCAAGCACAUUGCCGAAGCAGAUUUACGAAGAGCAAUUCACUGAUGCAGAGUAUAUCAAGGCAAAUAUAAACCUAGCGCGGAUUGUGGGCGAGACGACGGCGAAAGUCUAUAGUCGGCGUAAGUACAAUGAGACAUUCCUGCAGAGGGUGCAGAAGCUGCUCAAGGCGCUGAAAAACUGGGUUGAUACGCUUCCUGAGCAUUUACGGCUGAAUGUUGAGGAUCCCGAGAUGAAUACGAAGCAGGUUACCUCUAUACACCUUGCUUUUAACCAGGUAUUCCUCCCUGGACUUAGACCUUACCCCACCAAAUCAACUAAUGCCGACAUACAGUGUGUCAUCUUAACAACUCGUCCAACCCUCCUCCACCUCCUCAGACUCACAGAAACCGGAAAUACAACGACGUCGUCUACCACGACCACCAAGGAAACCAUAUCUCAGCCUCUUCAAACGCUUGGCGAAGCUUGCAUCCACGCCGCACGACACUCUCACUCCCUAAUACUCACGAAAUGGAUCAACGGCUCCCUUCCCGUCUUCGGAUAUUUUCAUGCACACUACCUCUUUUCAUCUUCCCUCGUUUUGGCGAUGUCUGCCUUCGUGCCGUUGCCUCUUGGUUCCCCUGCAGAUCUAAAUGCCUUUGAGACCGGUCUUGAAGUGUUGGCGAGUAUGAGUGAGAACGGAAACCUCGCAGCGAGCGAGUUCUAUCAUAACCUUGUGCGAGUCAAGGAGUGUCUUGAUUCUUGGAGGGCAAAGAAGGGGCUUGCCAAUGGGAGUGGAAGCGCAAGCCACAAUCGUGGGAGUCAGAGUCAAAGUCAGGGACCAUUUGGGACUGCAACUGGUUCUUCGGCGCCUCUAUCGCCAUCUAACUCCUUGGUUCGGCCGGCUGGACAAGGACAAAACUCAAUGCCAGCGUCUCUCUCAGGUCCCAUACCUGGCCUUUUGCCUACCUACAACAACACCAGCAUCAUCGCUCAGAACCCUAACCACAAUCCUACUUCAUCAGCCCCAUGCGCAUUAGAUGGGAACGACUCAAGUCAAAGCCAAGUUCAAGGCCGUGUAGCAGGCGGCUUCACAACUGCAAUGGCCUUCAUGGAGCCGACGAUGCAGGACUUCCUAGCACAGACAGACUUAGACUUGGGAUUACUAAAUCCAGUUGAGACAUUUAUGGACCAUGUGGAGGGUUUAUACUCUGGACAUGAGUUUUCUUGA